UACGCAAACCAAGAUGAUAGCACCAUUCAUCUGAAAUAUCGGCUAUAUCUUUGAACUAACCGAUAACCACAACCUGUAGACCUUUGCUGAUUAGAUCGCCUGAGACGCCAAAUCGCCUUUCGCCUGGACCUUCCUUCUCUUCUCUUCUCACCGCGCCAGCUAUCAGAUAGCUGGUCUGUCUGGGAAAUAAAUAGUGAUAGCCAAGCUCGUACUCACGCCGUCAUGUCCGGCCUCAGCCACGAGUGUUCCAUCCUCAUUGUCGGAGGGGGGACAUGGGCCUGUUCAACAGCCCUGCAUCUUGCUCGUCGAGGAUACAAGCACGUCACAGUGCUUGACUCUCAUGAUAUUCCCUCACCUAUUGCUGCCGGGAACGACGUCAAUAAGAUCAUGGAACAUAAGGAGCCGAUAGAAUCAGAGACUGAUCCACACACCAUUGCUUUUGCGACCUGUACGAGGGCGGCGUUGAAAGGAUGGACCACCGACCCGGUCUUUCAGCCGUACUUCCACGCGACUGGCUUCAUCUACUCGGGACACACGCGGGAGUUGAUCGAGUACAUUCGAGAGAACGAGGUCGAUCCGUACAAUGCCGACUUUGAGAAGCUGGAGACGGCCGAAGACUUCCGAAAGACCAUGCCCGACGGCGUGCUAACGGGCGACUUCCCAGGGUGGAAGGGGUGGCUCAAUAAAUCCAACGCCGGCUGGAUCCAUGCCCAGAAAGCGAUGGUCUCGGCCUUCAAGGAGGCAAAGCGGCUCGGCGUUAUGUUCAUCACCGGCUCCCCUCUGGGUGAUGUCGUCUCUCUUGUUUACAAGCAGGGAGAUGUGAUCGGCGCGAGAACAGCCGACGGGGUCGUCCACCGCGCCGAUCAAACGAUUCUGGCCGCAGGCGCAGGCAGUGACCGGCUACUAGACUUUAGGAAGCAGCUUCGCCCUACGGCUUGGACGUUGUGUCAUAUCCAGAUGAGCCCCGAAGAGGUGCAGCUCUACCGAAACCUCCCCGUGCUGUUCAACAUCGCCAAGGGGUUCUUCAUGGAGCCCGACGAGGAGAAGCACCAGCUCAAGAUCUGCGACGAGCACCCAGGCUACUGUAACUGGAUUCCCGACCCAACUCGCCCGGGCCAGAAGCGCAGUAUGCCGUUUGCCAGACAUCAGAUCCCACGGGAGGCAGAAGCCCGAGCGAGGGGUUUCCUCCGUGACACGAUGCCCCAUCUAGCCGAUCGACCUUUGGUCUUUGCCCGGAUCUGCUGGGAUGCUGAUACGCCAGACCGCAUGUUCCUGAUCGACAGACACCCCGAAUACCGGUCGUUGGUGGUAGCCGUUGGAGGCUCUGGGAACGGAGCAAUGCAGAUGCCUUGUAUCGGCGGCUUCAUCGCCGACGCACUAGAGGGGAAGCUCCAAAGCGAGCUGAAGCAUGUUGUCCGCUGGCGGCCUGAGACUGCUGUUCACCGCGACUGGGACUCAACCCAGCAUCGGUUUGGGGGACCGAAUAAAAUCAUGGAUUUCCAGGAGGUGGGUGAAGACGGGUGGACCAAAAUUAGGGAGAAGGCAUUACCAGAAUAAUUAAGUGAAUUCUUUUUUUUUUCAAAGUACAUGUCCAUUAUAACUACUGGAGAUAUCUCGACAAGAGACCGUCGUUAUCCUAGCGUGUCUACCUACUAGAAAAGGCACAAGCGCCCAUAUCGUGCUUCACCACCGCAGCCUCGGGCCUGAUAUCGAAAUCAAAGAUGUCCAUGGGGACACCCAGCGUCGUGCACGCAUUCGGGAUAUCUACCAGGCCCGCGAUGUGGCCCUGGACAGGUGCGCAGCUGAGCAGCAGGUAGAUCUGGUAGUCAUUGUACCCAUAGCGGCGAAGAUACUCGAUGACACGCAGACAGGUCUGACGGUACGCGACCGUCGCAU